AUCGGGAUCGGGAACUUGUCGAAGUAGAAAUAGGUAUCAACUAGUUCGACCUUAAAAGUCAUCUGGCGUUGAUCGUUUGUUCACAUUUUGGAGAAGAAAAUUUGUGAUAAUUCGGGAACGUGCACUUCUAGCUGAAAUAACAUGUCGGAUACAAGACGACGUCGAAAAUCUAAUCAGUCUUGCGGUUCGGAUGACCUCUCGGACUCUGGUGAAGAAUUAAACGCUACGAAAGAGACCCAGAGCAGUGAACAAACUGAUGGUCAUCAAGAUUCAGAAUGUGAUAUUUAUCCUUCUGAUUCUGAUGCUGAAUCUCAAGAUGGAGCAUUACGAGAAAGUGGAGAUGGCCAGGAGGAAGAGAAACCACAAAAGAAAUUGGAUGAUGAUGAAGACAGACGUAAUCCACAAUAUAUUCCUAAAAGAGGGACAUUUUAUGAGCAUGAUGACAGAACCACAGAUGAAGUGGCAGACAUUGCUGUAGAGUCACAAAAUGAGAGAGAAACCAAAGAAAAAAAGGUGUGGAAAGACAAAGAAGAUAGAUGGGAUCAUGAUCGAUAUAAUGAUGAGGAACAGGCACCAAAGAGCCAUGAAGAAUUAAUAGCAGUUUAUGGCUAUGAUAUAAGAAAUGAAGAAGGUCCACCUAGAGCUAGAAGAAGAAGAAGAUAUGGUCGUGGCCCUAAUAAGUAUACACGUAAUUGGGAGGAUGAAGAUGCAUAUGGUAAAACUGGAAGUACCAUUACUAAUAAAAAUAGAAGGUUUAACAGAAGUGGUGAAGAUUUUCCUGCUUUAGGAACUAAUAAAAAUGCUUCCCCACAAGUAGAGGAACCAGUAAUAUCAUCAGCCUGGUACAGUAGUAAAAAUAAAACACAAAAUAAAGUACAAAACUUUCCACCUCUUCAAGCUCAGACUGAUAGUCCAAAAACAAAGUCUAGCAGUACAUCUAAUACCCACACAAAUGAAAACAAAGCUCCUAAUGAACCUACAAAUCCAGCCUGGAAAAAGGACACUAAACACUCACCCAAUACUCAGAGUAGUAAUGGAAAUACUGGAGCUGGUGGUGAUGCAGAAAAAUUGGUUAAUACAAAAACAUCUCCAAGAGAUAAUAACAAGAGGAACGUUCAAGAGUCUGUAAGCUUGGCAGCGAGUAGAACUCGUGGACGAGGAUUCCGAACAAACGCUAAUAACAAUAUGGUCACCAAUAGAGCAGUUGAGACCAAACCAAAGGGCCGCGGAGCGGGACCAAUCUCCGCCGAGAAUAAGAGAAAUAAUGCUAUACAAAAUGAUGAUGAACAGCAAAUUACUCAUGACAUGAAACAUAUGAGCGUUAACGAUGGUACUCAAUAUCAUCAAAGUGGAAGACAUAACAAAAACUUCUACGGACAGUCCUCGAAUCAACAGAGAUCGGGCACGGUACCACCGAGAAUGCAGCAACAACCACCACCACAACAACAACAGCAAUCGGUUCAACAAGAUGGUGCUGCUAAUAGACCGAAGCGUUAUUCCAGUUUGCGACAACGUCCCACUAUUCCAGAAAAUCCGGGACAGCAAAAUUAUUCCCCACAACAUGGACAGCAUGGACAACAUAAUCAACAUGGUCAGCAUGGUCAACAUGGAUAUUUUCCUCCUCAAGCCGGAAAUUCAAGAGGUGUUUUAGAAUCACAAGGAUAUCCGCAAGGUCAUUUUGAACAGACUACGCCUGUUGCCGCCGCAGCCGCACCUAUGGCUGGUCAACCCGUGAUUCCAUUACCACCGAAUGGUCAACCUGCUAGUUAUGCUCCACCACCAUAUUUAGUUCCACCACCACAAUUUAUUUCUCCACCGACUGCCCCACCUAGUAUAAUUAAUUAUGUUCCUGGACCAAAUGGACCAGCAUUUCAACCAAACUUCCAAAGUUAUCAAGGAUAUAGUCCACCAGUGCAGCCACAGCGCCCCCCACCGCCGCAAGAACUAUUUCAACCACAAGGCUGUACUUACUAUAGCCCAGCGCAGCAACAACAACAACAGCAACAGUCGGCUCCCAUGAGACGACCAAAGGCAGCUAUUCCAAUUCUUCCACCACCGGAGAAUCAGCAACAUCAAACCAGUAGAGGAAGAGGUAGAAGCACACAGCAGCAACAACCGAACCAACCCGGUGGUAUACAACAGACUGAACAAGAGAUUAAAACUAACUCGGUGGAAGAGGAUCAGAAGACUGUACCGGAGCAAUUCGAUAACACGCAACCCGAACAGGCUAUGGAAGUUCAAGAAACAGAGAAAGAUACGGAAGAUUUAAAUGCAAUAACGAAUAUUGUGGUUGAGAAUAAUGAGAAAGAUGUUGAAAGUCCUGAUAUCGAUGCACCAGUGAACUCCGAAGAUACUACUACAGAUCAAUUAGUUGAAAUAAAUGAUAAUGACUCGUCCAAAAUCACAAUAGAUGAGGAGAAUAUUAUUCCGAUAAAAACUCCGCAAACAGUCAUAGAAGAGGCUGAGAAUGAUUCGAACAAAAUUGAAAACACGACGCCUGAAAGUAAAGUUAUCGAAGAGGCAGCAGCUUGA